AAACUAAAUGACAGCUGAAAACAAUUGAGUGAUUUUCGAACUUCUCCCUUCUUUUCCGCUAAACUGUCAAAAACUUCUUAGCGUACAAUGGCCAAGUCAAAGAAUCACACUAAUCACAAUCAAAACAGGAAAGCCCAUCGCAAUGGCAUUAAGCGCCCAAUGCGUAAACGCCAUGAAUCCACUUUGGGUAUGGAUGUCAAAUUCUUGACCAACCAACGUUUUGCCCGCAAAAACAACUUGUCCCGCGAGGAGGCUGACCAACGUUACAAGGAUCGUAUUGCUGCCCAAGCUGGCAAGAAGAAGCCCGUCUCCCUGCAAGCGUAAUUUGUUGUAGUGUAGCUUUCUUCGAUUUUUUAUUGCCAUUUUAAAGACAACUGCCCAAAAGUGGAGGUUUUAAGGGAAUAAAACAAAGAAGUUUUCUUAUAAAUUCA